GUACUCGCGGUAUAUAUGACGUCAUGUGGGCUAUUGAAAGCAAGCAAAGUUCAGGAUAGUAUACGUGUACCAAUGGACGCGACAAAGCAGAUCAUAUUUCUUGUUUUCAUGUGGGGAUUAGUGGCCGCUUAUACCACGAGAAGGGAAUGCUACGUCAGAGGAAACGUUUACAACGAAGGAGAUAUGUUUCAACACACGUCAAGAAGUGGUUGUGCUUACAAUUGUACUUGUGAAAUAUCAAACGGGAGACCUAUUGGAAACUGCACGCACAGGUGUUCCGCCUUCACUUUUCCACCCGGAUGCCACCCAACGCCCAACGCUUGUGGGUGUGCAGCUGACUACGAGUGUCCGGAUGGUGAGAAGUGCCAGGACAAAGAGACGGGAUUGUUAUAUUCUGUCGGUGAAACUUGGAGCAACUCUACAUGUACAUGUCGGUGUCUCGGAAACAGAAGGGGUGUUUACCAAUGCGAAUGUAGGGGGCCUCCAGUCAUGCCAGCUAGACUGAUAGCGGAUCAGCCGUGUGUUCCUGAUCCACAAGAAACUUGUUACAGCUGCCCAACAGUUACUAAUACCGGUGAAAUGAGAGGAAAUCCACUUUGUGGAAACCGUGAAAAGUGCGAGAAGUGGGGCUACCUGCAUUCCUUUAACCACACGAGCGUGAAUAUGACAUGUACUUGCUACGGACCAAGGGGUUUCACACAAUGUGUUAACAUGGGACGAGGACCACGAAGAGGUAGAAGGAGUAUCCCACUUUCUCUUGUUCGCAUGGAAACCGCCGGAAUACCACAAAUGACGUCAUCCGUUGCUAUGGUAAUUGAUGUUGACUAAAUGAUUUCAAGAAAUACCGAACUAUUGAAAAAGUUGUUCAAAUGAACUUGAAAUACACAAGUCUCUCGGAUACCUUGAGCUAAUUUCGCACCAGGUGAUAAUUACACAGAACAUCAUCAGAGACGUUUACAUCGUUCGCGUUUAUAUCCGCUUAAACAGAAUACAUCAUCAAACAAUAAAUUCAAAUGAAACAUUCAAAAAA